AACCGUUAGAUCGUUUGGUCCACAUGAUCGAGAGAAAUCCGACGGUUCUGGUGAUAUAUCUCCCCAAACCCUUUCUCAAAAAAAACCUGCCGUUGUUCUUCAACACGGCCGAAUUCUUUCAUCGAGGGAACGGAUCUGGACAUUUUCCAAUCCGUAACCCUUUCUUCCCUCCCCCAAUUCAUCUCUUCUUCAUCCCAAUCUCCCCAUUCCUGCAAUUUUUCAAAAGAAAUCAGAGAAAAGACGAAAAAAAUCUCAUCUCCAUUUCCGCUUUUUUAUUACCCGAUAUUCCUGUAUCGGACCCGAUACGCCAUCAUCAGCAGAUAUGACACACCAGAUCUUUAUAUCUGACCCACAACGCCGGUCUCCGAUCCUAUCGAAGCAAUCCUCAUCGUCUUCCCACUUUUCCGAUGCCGUCAGUAGGCGGACCUCCAUUACAUCAUCACCGGACAUGACUCACCGGAUCGUCUUACGCACAAAUUCCGGCCGGCUACGCCGACAGCCGUUUCUAUCAAAUCAAUCAUCGUCGGCUUCGUCGCUGAUGAUGAGCUCCCGCCACACACAAACAUCGUCGGCUGCUGACGUGUCACAUCAGAUCACCGUCGGUACAAAACCCGAGAGCGUGCAUCAACGGCAAUCACUUCAAUUGAAGAAAUCCCAAUCGAAUUCCCAAACGAUGAGUUGCAAUUUUGCUGAGGUGGCAGGUGGGACCACCGCCGAGUGUGCGGUGGUCGUCUGCUGCUGUCCUUGCACUGUCGUGGAUCUUCUCGUCCUUGCCGUCGUGAAAUUGCCGGCGGGUCUCUGCCGGCGGGCGCUACGGAAGAAGGUUCAUAAGAGGAGAAUCGGACUGCUACAACCGAAACGUUUCGAGGAUGAGGAUAUGUAUGUGGGCAUGUGCGUAACGGCCGGCACGUGGCCUGAGAAGUCACCGGCGACGGCCGUGUCGGAGAUGGAGGAAGAGAUGUGGAAUACCUUCUUCAAUACCGGCUUCUGGAGGAGUCCUUCUGCAAGAGAGAAUUAACGGUAAAAACGGUAAAAACUGCCGUAUACAUGUAUGUGUACAUGUCCCAUACAAAUGCAGAUGAUUUUUACAAUGUAUAGGGGAAGAUCUUUGAGCAAUAAUACGGUGCAUAUGUGGGCCGCUAGCUGA